ACGCAAGCAGCCGUCGCAGUUUCCCGAUUGCCCAACCUGAAAGUUAUAGAGAGAGAGAGAGACGGCCCCCAAUUCAUCUCUGAAAUUUAGAGAGAGAGAGAGAGAGAGAGGCGCCCAAAUUCAUCUCGCCCUUCAACGAUGACAACCCGAUACCGAAUUGAAUUGAAGACAUGAAAGCUGAUCUCUUUAUAGCUAAAGAGCUUCUUCAGAGGGGGAAAAAAGAAAACCAGGCAAGAAUUUGAUAGGCAUGGCAGGCUGGAUCUCAUCCAAACUCAAAGUAGCAGAGACAUUUUUGCAACAGAUUGACCAGCAAGCGGCAGAAUCGCUAGGCAAAAAUGAGAAAUCUCCAUCCCAUGAAUCCAUUGAUGAUGUUCUGAGAAGGGCUGAAACGGUGCCCUUAAAAGACCAACUCAAGAAGAAAUCAUCUGAUACCCAUUACAAUUCUAAUGUUAAUCUCUUACCAAGAGCAAACCAUGAUCCAGGAAAGCAGCAUUCUACCAGAAAGAAGCUUGAGAAGCCUGCAAGAAAACCCACUUCGAGGCCUUCACCGAUCCUAACAGAGGCUGACUGGACCGAGCUCUUGGGUGCCCCUGAGCCUGUUUCUAACGGGAUUCCUGGAUCAUAUGGUUCAGAGGCAAAGAAGACUGCUACCCCUAAGCGCUCUCCUCCUGUCUUGAAGCAAGCAAGGGGAUUGGGUUUUUCUCUGCCAAACGUAGUGAAUGGAGACAGUGUUUCACCCCCUGGUGUCAGUAAACCUCAAGCCGUUACCCAAUUGGGCGAGACAUCAAAAUUUCUUCUUAAUGAUGAAGAUUUGGUUAAGAAAGAAGUGCCUUUGAAUUUUACAUCUGGGGCUUCUGUUUCAGCAGAUUCUCUGCUUAGAAAGCUCGAUGGUGACUCCAGUGUUUCACUUGGAGAGAGAAAUGAUGGCCUGGAUGGUAAUUCACCUGAAAGGGGCAUAUCUAAUGGUCAUUCAAUUGCUAAAAAUGAGCUCCAUUCUGAGAUUAAUCAUAAAAUGGUUAGCUCAGAUGAGAACAGUGAUUUCAAAUCCAGAAAUGGACUGGAUAGUGUAUCAAAAGCAGAUGAACCCAGCACUACCCGUAACUCAAGCAUCGAAAAGAGUGAGGAAGUUUCCAUGGUCAUGAAUGAUCAAAGUGAUUCAAUUGGGGUUUCUUAUGGAGAUCAAACUGAACAGGUUUUGGGAGAUACUAGCCGUGAUUCAUUGCCUCGACAUGGCAGUGGCUCUUCUUCAUACACACCUGCGGCCAAGUUGGUCCGAAGCCACAUUAACUAUUCAGAGAGUGAAGAGAGAUCUGAAUCUGAAUCUGAUUCAGAUUCAACAGAUUCUGAGGAGGAUAGUCAGAGAAAGGCGGAGAGAAGGAGCAAAAGAGAAAAGAUGAUGGCAGAGGCUGCAGCGGCAAAGGCAUUGGAAGCUAUAAAGGAACGGGAGGACUUUGCGGCAAGAUUAGAGGGUGAGAAGCAGAGCUUAGAGAAAAUAUUAGCAGAAUGGGAAAAGCAGCAAGCACAAGAGGCUUCUGAGUUGCAAACAAAUAUGAUGGAAGCAAUGGAAGCUGUUGACAUAGAGAAGCAGAAGCAUAAUAGUACCAGAAUGGAAGCCCUUGCUUGCUUGGCUAAAUUAGAGACUACAAAUGCAGAACUUGCAAAAUCUCUUGCAACAACGCAAUGGAAGCUUGAGGUUGAGGUCCAUCGUGUAGCAGAACUUCGACAGGAGAUUGAAUCAAAGGAAGCAGCCCAGCAAGAACUCAAGAGGAGGACAUCAAAUAUUAACCAGAAUAUAUCAUCUUUAAAUGAGUUGGAAAUGUCGAGAGGAGUUGAAUUUGAACGGGAGAUACUUGAGGCAGAGUAUUCAUUCACAUAUGAUAAAAUUGGGCAUUUGCAAGGGAAGGCAAAGGCACUAGAAGAGAGCAUUUUAAUGACACGAGAAGCAUCAGAACAUCCAACUGAAGUGGAGUCUGAACUUAAGAAAAGACUUUCAAUACUCGCUGAUCAUCUAAUACAGAAACAAGCUCAGGUUGAGGUGCUCACUUCAGAGAAAGCUAUGCUGCUACUUAGACUCGAGGCUGCAUCACGGUCACUAAGUGACCAUAACAGAUCCAUGCUGUCAUUGGAGAAUCCAGCAAGUAGUUCAGGAAUGAGUUGGAAGGAUGAUGAUAUUGAAGUUGGGCUCGGCAGGGCUCAUAAUCAUACUAAUAUGAGGAUAAGGCAGCCAAUUCAAGAGGAAUUGAGGUCCAUAAUGCCCCAUAUAAUGUCUAUGCUGCGUCAAUUGGAUGCGCUUUUUUCUGCAGGUGCUGUGUUUUUGAGGAGGAACCGAACAGCCCAAGGUUAUGCGCUUGUUUAUCUUGUUUGCCUGCAUGUUUGGGUUACUUAUAUUCUUUUGUCACAAUCUAGAGACCCAGACAGUUAUGGGUCAGGUGCCAUUAUCUCGCUAGAGAGCAUCAAUAAGACCUCCGGUUUUUGAUAUCAUCAGCACGCCACUUUUUCAUGGCAGUAGUCUAGUUUGAAAUAUUUGGUACUAGAAAGCGGCAAGUGUUUCUAUUGGAGAUGCUGAAAAUUGUAUGUAUCAGCUUUCCACCUGGCUUCCUGCUCGUAUAAUUGUAUGUGUAUGUUAAUAUGAAGAGAUCUGUGUUACAUGCGCACUUAAGCAUUCCCUCAUGUUUGUAUG